AUGCGUUCUUCCCAGAAAAGAAAGCACUCGCCAGCGGUACCUCGAUCUCGUCCACCUCCCAUGACUCCCCGUACCGCUGAAUUGAUGGGGGGUCACGACGCUCGCUCGCCGAGACGAGCAUCCACCAUAUCAAGAGUCCCAACCCAUCCACCGGCGUCCUCAGCGGUGCAGGGAUUGCAGAAGUCAUUCUCAACGGAGACUCAAACUGGAGGUGAAGAGCAUGAACGAUCCGAUGAUGAUGAUGACGAUACUGGCCACAUUAUCGCCGCCAUUGACAUAAAAGACCGCGGGACGGUGGGGUGUUCAUACUACUCCGCGGAGGAAGAGAAGCUGUACCUUAUGGGAGAUAGCAAGUCGGGAGAAUUGGAAAUGAUCAAUGCCUUGAUUUUUCAGAUCAAACCAACGGUGAUUUUGACGCCUCCUCGAGUCGACCUGACCAAUAUACAAGGACAGAACCUCACACAAGAUAAUGAUUCAUCCUUGUAUCUCCCCUAUCAGGUGGACGUUCGUCCCUCUCAAGAGUUCACUUAUUCCAAUGCAGAGUCCAGACUCAUUGCGCUAGACGUAUCAUCAUCUCAUGAAGAAAGACUACGCUUCUUUGUACCCCAGAACGGUCUCGAUGGAUGCGGUGAAGAAACAGAACAAACAGACCCCGAGCACAUGGGCUUUACACUUCAUGAAGGAAGGCUUUUACACAUUUCCAGCUCUGUCGACAUGGAAAAUCCGGUGACCGUUGGCUGUGCCGGAGCAAUCCUUUCAUACUUGCAGAGACGGCGAGCUACAACGAACAUCGGUCCUAUCGAAACUGAUUCUUUUAGGGUCAGGUAUUUGGAGAUGUUCAGUUUGCAGGACACGAUGUGGAUCGGAAGCAAUACAUUACUCUCCCUCCAGAUCAUGCAGCCCGAGUCGCAUCCAAACAUGUUCAACCAAGGCCCAGGCAAGAAGUCGGCUUCUGGAAAAGAGGGCCUCUCGGUUUAUGGUCUCUUCCGGCAGUUUGCGUAUACACCCCAGGGCAGAGCCAAUCUCAAACAGAUAUUCUUCCGCCCAAGCCUCAGUCUUGAGGCUAUUCGAGAGCGCCAUGACUUUAUUUCAAUGCUCUCCCGACCGGGUAACUUGGCCGCUCUCGAGAAAUUGACCAAGGGAUUGAAGCAUAUCAAGAAUCUUCGGCCUGUGAUGAUCAAUCUCCACAAGGGUAUCAGUACAGGAAGUGCGAAAAUCACUGGGUUCAAGGCCACUGUAUGGGCGAGUCUUUUGGCUUUUGCUUUCUAUUCGAUCGACAUCCAUGAUGCACUUCGCGAGAUUUCAGGAGCAGAGGAGCUGGCUCUACGAACAAAGGCAAUUCAAAUCCUUGAGGCCGCCCAGCUUCAUAGAGUGGGGCGAAUGAUCCAGGAAAUCGUUGAUAUCGAUAACUCCGAGGAACAAGGCCGGACGGUGGUCAAACAAGGUCUCGAUCGUGAGCUCGACAAGAUGAAAGACCGAUACGACGGCCUGAACAGUCUUCUCAAGAACGUAGCCAUUGAGAUUGCAACAACAAUUCCAGAGGAUCUUGACGUCGAUUUGAACGUCAUCUAUUUCCCCCAGCUCGGCUUCAACAUUGCCAUCUCUCUCAAUGACAGAGGAGACCCUGCUUACUCUGGCACAAUUGGGGAUUGGGAGCUGGUUUUCACUACCGAAACUAGAGCUUACUUCAAGGACUUUCGUAUGCGAGAAUUGGACGAAAGGCUCGGAGAUAUCUACGGGCUCAUCUGUGAGAGAGAGAUCGAGAUCGUGUACGAUUUGGCCCAGAGAGUCCUUCAGUAUGAGAAUGUGCUUAUCGAAGCAUCCGAUGUGUGUGGAGAGGUGGACAGUCUUCUCGCCCUCACACAGGCAGCUGGCCUCUUCAAGCUGACACGGCCACGAAUGGUAAGAGAAAAUCAAAUAAAAAUCAAGAGCGGCCGUCAUAUUCUGCAAGAACUAACGGUUUCAUCAUACGUCCCAAACGACACCGUUCUCACGAGUGGGAGAGAGAAUCUUGGAGACAAUGUGGUCUCUUCAUCGGCAAAUAAAGAUCCCAGCAUGCUACUGCUGACCGGGCCAAACUACUCCGGCAAAAGUGUCUAUAUGAAGCAGGUCGCUCUCAUUGUUUACCUUGCACAAAUUGGGAGCUUUGUUCCUGCAGAUAGCGCAGAACUUGGUAUAACAGACAAAAUAUUGACGAAGAUCAACACCCAGGAGAGUGUUUCCCAGAUUCAAAGUACUUUCAUGAGUGACUUGCAGCAAAUUUCGCUUUGCCUCAAGCAUGUCACUGGCCGAAGCCUGGUUCUCAUCGACGAGUUCGGCAAAGGCACAAGUCAGAGUGAUGGUAUUGGCCUGGCCUGUGGAAUACUCGAGCAUUUACUCAAUAUCGAAGACUCCCCAAAGGUAAUUGCCGCUACUCAUUUCCACGAGAUUUUUGAAAAUGGCUUUCUUGCACCACGACCCGGCUUGCAACUCGGACACAUGGAGGUCAAGGUUUGUGAAGAGUUUCAGGAUGUAGAAGACCAGGUCACCUAUCUUCACAAGUCUGCUCAACAUUAUUCUUCCCCGCGUUGGAUACAGAGGACUAAACGAUCCCAUAGCUUCCGUCCUGGCCGCAGCAGCAAGAGCUUCGGUACCAUCUGCGCCGCAAUCAACGGGAUCGACGGGGCCAUUGUCUCGCGCGCAAAUGAAAUUGCAAUACUCGCAGCCCGAGGCGAGAAUCUCGUUGCUGCAUGUGCCACGUUAUCUACCGAAGAGAUGCAAACCCUGCAGCAUGCGAACGCACUUGCGAGAAAUUUCCUCAAAAUGGACCUCUCACUCGAAAGGGUCCCCAGCCACGAUACGAAGACAAGCCUAGAGGACUUAUUCCAGCCAACAGGGUGA